AUGGGUAUCGAAAUGAAAGCGUUCCUGAUACUAUCAAUGGCAAUGAGCCUAAUCUCUGUUGCAUUUGCAGCUACAGGGACUGCCACUUACUAUACAACUUAUGUCCCUUCUGCAUGCAAUGGAUAUCAAAACGAUGGAGAUAUGAUAGCGGCUGCAAGCAAUGUCCUGUGGAACAACGGGGCAGUUUGUAACAAAUAUUACAGAAUCACCUGCACCGGCCUCGCUUACCAAGGUGCAAACCCUUGCAAAUCCGGCAGCGUUGUUGUCAAAAUUGUCGAUCACUGUCCUACCGGCUGCACCGGAACCAUUGAUCUCUCUGAGCAAGCUUUCGCCAAGAUCGCCAACACCGCAGCCGGAAAGAUCAAUAUUCAGUAUACUCCGGUUUGA